AUGAAAAGAUCCCUCACCCCUGAUGUCCACUCGGACUCCAAAAAGAUAAAGGUGGCCCUCCCCAGCAGCCUUCCCACCAAGAAAGCUUUGCUCAAACUCUGCUCCCCCAAAGGAGUACUUGGGAGGAGACUGGGUGGGGACCCCAAAGGGACUCCAAAGAAGGGUGGAGCCCCUUCAAGGCGGACACUUUUUCCCAUGCCUAAGCAGAGGGGUUUCAUAGCCUCCCCAGGCUGUGCUGAGAACGUGAUGCUCCUAAACUGUUUGGCCAAAGACGCGAGGGCUGGAAAAAGGUCGCUUGCGGUGGUCUUCAUUGACCUCCGCAGAGCCUUCGACAUGGUUCCUCAUGAGCUCAUUCUUGAAAGCCUCAGGCGCAGAGGCCUUGACUCAACACUUGUGAUCUACCAAGCUGACCUCUCCGAGCUCAGCGCCGGCCACCUCACAAAGCUCGAUGGCCUUCUCCGCUCCGUCGUGAAGAAGUGGUUGGUGUUCCUCCGGAACACUCACCUGUUGGCCGGACGAGCGAGGCGGCUGCGGCCCAACUGUUGGGGUUGUGGGCGUGCGGUUGGGGUGGUGCUGCCCUGGGUGCUGUCCCCUGUGCGUGCACCGGACUGUGGCGGCCGUUGGACGUUUGGGGUGACGGUGGCUCCUACUUGGAUCGGUUCACCGGAUCUUGGGGUUGCUCGCCUCGGCCCCGUCGGCCUGGUCGUGGCGGUUGCGGCCGUGCGUCCGGGGGCUAUCGCCUUGGGUGCCGAUCCCUGA